ACGGACACAAGGUCGCACACUCAACUCCAGCAAGCAGAGGAGAGGAGAUGGAGGUGGAUCGGAUGGUUAAGGCAAUCCGAGUGCAUGAGCCCGGAGGAGUGGAGGUGUUGAAAUGGGAGGCCGUGGAGUUGCAGCCCGUUGGGCCGGGGGAGAUCCGGCUGAGGCAUACGGCGAUCGGGGUCAAUCUAGUCGAUGCGUACAUGCGAUCAGGGAUGCUGCCGCCACCCAGGUAUCCCUACAUCCCGGGAAUGGAGGCCGCAGGGGUGGUCAUUGCCGUGGGAGAGGGAGUGACGAGCUGCCAUGUCGGACAGCGAGUGGCUUAUGCCGGGCGACCAACCGGCUCGUACUCAGAAGAGCGUACUAUGAUGGCCGACCGCGUCGUCGCUAUUCCGGAGGGCAUCUGCGACGAGACGGCAGCGGCUAUCACGCUGAAAGGAAUGACGGCUCACAUGCUCCUGGACGAAAUGUUCCGCGUCAGCCCCGGGCUGUUCGUACUAGUGCACACGGCGGCGGGAGGGCUGGGCGCGGUUCUCGCGCAACUGGCGCACUCGCUGGGCGCGGUCGUCAUCGGCACCGUGUCGUCGGAGGCGGAGGCGGAGAUGGCGAUGGAGAACGGCGUCACUCAUCCCAUCAUUUACACGUCAGAGGAUCUCGUCCAGCGUGUGCAGGAGAUCACGCAGGGGGAGGGAGUCGCCGUCGUCUUCGGCGGCGAAGGAGAGGACACUCUCCGCAGGUUGGCGGAUUGCCUUGAGCCACGUGGCCUGCUCUUCAGCUAUGGCCCGACUUACGGCGAUCCGCCAUCGUUCCACGUCAGCCAGGUGUCCAAACGAGGCGCUCUGCGAAUGUUUAAGCCGCCAAUGUUCGAGUACGAGGCGCCCAGGGUCGAAGUCGUCCGGAGAGCGGAGGCGAUUUUCUCUAUGGUUCUCUCAGGGGUUAUAAAGGUCCGCGUGUCUGAUCGCUACCCGCUGGCAGAGGCCAGCAACGCGCACGCGCUUCUGGAGGCCGGGAAUGCGACCGGAUCCAUCGUUCUCGUCCCUUGAGGAACCCCACCGUCGAGGGCGGUUAACUGUGGGGCUGAAGAGCAGAAGAGGAGGAGGAGGAGGAGAAGGAGAAGGAACGGGGGGGAGGAGCUGAUGCAAACAGCUCUCAUGCAUCGUAAUGGGGUGUGUGUUCGGAUAGGGGUCACGGUGUUUGCUUUAUCACGAUCCCGAUUCCCAUUUCCCGA